AUGGCUUCACCGGCACCUGACCAGCUGGAUGUCUUGGGCCAAGCCGCUCUCGAUGCGCUCGACGGCAUCCAGGACUCGCUGGACCCAAAUGGCUCGGAAUCGUCAUUGGACCUGGACCCGACCGAAAGUAGCAGCGAUAGCUAUUCAGUUCCCAGCGAUCUCGAUGAUGACGAGUGGUCAGAUGCCUUAGGUUGGGAUUGGGACCGAGUUUACAAAAACAUGUUCGAUAGCAUUAAUUGGAGGACGAGUAUGCGAGAUGUGAUCCAGGAUCCAAACGCACCCAAACCACUUAGACCGCCACCCCAGAAAGACAAUUUCAACGGGGAGUUCAGCUACAUCGAAUAUAUUCCCGGAUGGACCUCGCCAAAAUUCGAUUCCGACAAAGAAUACUUUGGCGUCGAGGGGCAGGAUGAGGUCACCUUUCAGCGGUGGAAAUACAGCUUCUGGGCUCGCCUUCGGCCCGCCCAGGCAUUGGUUGACUCCUUUUACAACCCUACAGAGAUGGCGAAGCGUUAUGGAAUCUACCCCAACAGACAAGAUGGCAGGUCAAGACUAUCCCCUGCCGACGCGGCGUCCAGGAAGGUACAGUUGGACAAGCCGAUAUCGAUGCCUAACGGCACAUUGAAGAGCUUUGUGGACGUGAAGCACUACGAGUGGGUUCGCAGCCAUGAGUAUCUGAACCAAGAGAACGCGUCGAACGUAGCCGCUGGACAGACCUUUGAGAGUUUCCUGGUCGAGCGGUCAAAGGCCAAUGCCAAUGUGCAGCAACAAGAUUCUACCGAGGUUUACGAGAAACUGCUACUCCUUCACAAGCAGAUCGCAGACGACCAGGAGUAUCAGAGAGCCUUCUUCAAGGAGUUCACCACGGAUGAGUUGAUCGCUCAAAAAGUCCUUCACUUUGGAGACGACGUGAAGUACGAACUUGAAGGCGUUUUGCACCCGCUUCUCAAGCGAGAAAAGUGGCUUACAACAGAGGAUCAAGGCGGUGAUAUUGACAGCCCCAAACUGUUGUGGUCCUUUGGGGGGAACCGAGGGGAAUGGUCAGCGCAUGAUGCGACCGUCUGGGAAGCCCUGCAACCAGCAUUACAACUUUUGACUCGCUUCUUACGGUUGGAUGUGCCAGUUUUCACCAGCAUGAUGGACUACCGUAGCCAGCGGCCUUUUGACCAACGAGUUAUACAUCGCGGCUUGCACACUGGCUGGAGACAACGAAUCGCGUGGUUCAGAGAUGUGGACCCGGACAAAACCUGGCAAUGUCUUGCAACACUGCACAACCUAGGAUUCAACUCGGUAGAAUGGGUCGAGACUAUUUUGCAGGAGCGCUUGGAGUUGAUUGUGGGUUCGGCGUAUCGCGACCGAGAUGGCAGAUGCAGCUCAAGGCAUUUUGCCUGGACCAACUUGGAGGGGCAGGUCCACUGCUUUCACUCGGCUGGAAUCCCCAACGCAAAGACGCUGCGCAGCGACUGGAGAAUCAGAAUCGAAGUUGCCGCCGAAGGUAUCUGGCCGCUUCUGUCGCCAGACUUCAGCAAGGCGGAGAAGUUGACGUGCUCCUUUGCCCUCGCCGUGACGAUGUUUCACGAGUUUGCACAUGCCAUUGGGAUGGCACUGGAGACCAUGCGUCUCUACCCAGACCUGUUCUCGCGGAAGGAAGAUGAAGUUGUUUCACGCAUUUCGCGUGAGGAGUAUCAGCAACUCCUAAUUGCCCAACAGGAGAUGCCUCCAUUUGGUAGCGAGCCUUUCUUUGAGAACCACACGCAGGCCGAAGUAGGAUUCGCCGUCGAAACCGAGACAUUUGGAGGCACUGUCUACCCCAUUUUUCAUAACUCGUGGGGAAAUACUCCCGACAACUUCGGUAUUCUAACCACCGCACUCUCAUUGACACCUUGGCCGAUCGCCCGCGCGAUCGGAACAGACAAUCUUUCCAUAGACUUCCUCCCAGAGUGGACACCUCCUGUGCUCGACAUUCAGAUACCGCUUCCCUACGACGUGUCGGCCCGGGUCUUUACCAAAAACUUUUGGGACGUGGACUACAAAAGAUUUGGUAACGAGACGCUAAAGCUGUACCCCGAGGGCAAAAUCACCAAGGGCGCGAUUCCCCGUAUGGCGAUGCACAUGUUGCCCGCCCUGGCGCCCAUAUUCGGAAAGAAGAGAGCCGAAUGGAUGACGCAGGCUCUCCGUCAGCUGAGGACCAUGGGCUUCGAUACCAUCUCACAGUACAUCGACGAGGUGUGCAGACAGUAUGCCUUGCCCAAAAUUACGCGACGAAACUGGUACCUUGAGAGCCACAGAUGGACAUUUGAUAAAGCGAGGAUUAAAGACUGUCUGGACGGUUUGCGGAUGGCGGGCAAUAACUUUUUGCUUGCCUUUGCCAAGCUGACGCAGAGUGAGGAGCAAAGGCUUCAAGCUGUCAACGACUUUUUUUCCACGAUACAGCAGCCAGAAACAGGACCAGCCGGCAGUUUCGAAGCGUACCUUGAGCUGUACAUAGGCCAGCUUACACGAACGACGGACAAGGCUUUCUCCGUGUUCCUAGCGUGGCUGACAGCUCUUGAGCGUGUCAUGGCCAACCGGCUGCAACAGUCACAGUUUCUCGUCCGUUCGUACUUGCAGCUGGACGUCUCCGACCGAUGCAUCAUUAGUGAGGGUAGAGGAAAGCACCUGCGUGCACACAUGAGACUAAUGAUCACCAGGCCAUACAACAAGGUCAAGUUGUGUUUAGCGGCGCUGGUAAACUUCAUACAGUCGCGGAUGACCUCCGAGGCGGCAACGAAAUAUGUUCAAGAGCUCGAGGGCCCCUAUGGACACUUGCAGGCCAUUUACCGGAUGACAAAGCAGACGAUGGAUUAUCUGAAGCCGGCAAACGAAUCCAAUAACGUCGGUGGUGCCGGCGCAAGCUUGGCUUAUUUAACUUCGAGCAACCUCGACCCAGUGGCGCGUGCGGAGCGUCUCAAGCCAAUAUUCAUGGCAGAUUUGGAGUUUGUGCAAUCCGAAGAGGUCAAGCAAAUUGUAAGAGUUUUCGACAGCAUAUUCCGGGCACAAGACGGCAAAGAGAUUCUGCCCAAGGACCAGGCUACCGUCGACGCCAAAAUCGCCGAACUCAGUAACCUUUUCAGAUCGAGGAACCUGGGUGGCGCGAGCGCGGAUGAUGCUGGUAGGUCCUCAGGAGAUCCGAGGUCGGGGCCUGGACGGGGUGAGCGUGGCCCGGCGAACAUGUUCAGGCUGGGUCGAAAGACCAUAGGUGGCUCGCGGGUGACCAAACAGAAAACGACUACGACAAAAAAGCUCCAGGCUACCGUUAGCAGGUUGUUCGACCAGGACCGAGCUGGAAAGUUAAGCAACAGCAGAGACACGUUCCAGACGUCCACUCCCCUGCGCACUGCAGCCACCAGAACGGGCCCGGCUCAGGCCUCUUUGCCGUUUUCCCAGUACGCAUCCCCCAACACGGCCAUGAGGGGCUUCCCGACAACACAGACGCCAGGCCAGCCGCCCGCAUUCGCCACGCCCGCACCGACGGCAAACCCUUCCGACGACGGUGUGGGGUUCGGGGGGCAGCCCAAGGAGAAGAGGCGCUUCUGGAUAUUCCCACACCCGUUCGCGGACCAGGCCACGGUCAGCGGGGACCUGACGCCGGCGGCGCGGGACUGGGGCGCCCAGAUCGCACAGGCGCAGCUGCCCAACGACUUACAGUCUUAUCGCGGGGAGAUUGCCGAGAUGCUGCAGUUUGACGGCUCCGCCGCCGCCUCGGCACUGAUGGCUAUGGCGGCGCUCGGCCCGCCCUCGGAGAACAUCCAGGCCGGCCACAGGCAGCAGGCGCAGGCCGUCCACGAGGCCGUCGCCCAGGCCGUAGACGCGACCCUGCCCGCCUCGGCUGCCGCGGGCCCCGACAGUCUCAACUCGGCAGCGGCUUCGAUGCAGCCCGUGCAGAUGCUGACGGCCACGUGGUCAGCUGCUUGGGCUCCCGGCGGUGCUGGUGCUGGUGCUGGUUCCGCGGCGGCCCCGAGCGCAAUGGAUCAGUUGGCCGAGUACGCGACGCGGCGGAUGGUCCAAGAAGGAUUACAGUCUCAGACCCAGACGGCUGGUCAGGGUGAUGAUGGCGCUGCCGAUGCUCCUCAUCCUCAGGCUGAAGAGGUGCCGCGUUGGACUCAAUUAUCCACCGUCGAUGAGAUACUGAAUGCUGUCACGGAGGCGAAUUAUCCGGAUGCUAUGGAGACCGACGAUUAUCAGAAUGAAGAUGGUCAGUGAUCGGGCUUGGGGUUGUUUUUCUUUCCUUUUUUUCUCUUAUUCUUUCUUUUCCCCUUUCAUCUGGUUUAGCUUUGCUUUUGCCGUUUAUCUUCCCUUUGCACAAGUUCCCGGGGUCAGGUCAAGGUUUUAUUCGUUUUCCAUCGUCG